UGCGCUCACAUAUUCUCAGUAUAUGCUCAACUCCAGAAAAACCGUCUGCAACAAUUAAAUCCAUCACAUGAAAGCCAUGAGGAAUAACAGAGCAAUCAUAUCGGCUGGGAAAAGCCUGACGAGAUGGAAAUACGCAGCAGCAUCUGCUCCGCUCCAUUUGACCGUUGCGCGACAAUGCAGUGGUAAGACACAGCACAGAAUGCUUCGCAUAGCACAUCCCUUUUGUCGCCCGGCGGAUGGACGCACUUUUCUGCAGCCUUCGUUCAGCUUGAGACAUGCUUCGACCUCUUCUGAGUCAAACUUGCGAAAGACUCCUCUCUACGAUGUUCACGUCUCUCACGGGGGAAAAAUGGUGCCAUUUGCCGGCUACCACAUGCCUGUACAGUACAACGAUCUGGGCGUUGGCGAAAGCCAUAAGUGGACCCGGGAGAAGGCUAGUUUGUUCGAUGUCGGCCAUAUGGUUCAACACCGCUUCUCCGGACCCGGUGCCGAAGCUCUUCUCAUGAAAUUAACCCCGGGCUCAAUCUCUAGCCUGCCAACUCACAACUCUACAUUGUCAUGCUUCCUACACCCGGGGACCGGGGGGAUUGUCGAUGACACUAUCGUCACAAGGCUCGGUCCGGAGCUAUUUUACGUAGUGACCAACGCUGCGUGCCGGGAAAAAGAUCUUGCAUAUCUUUCGGAUCAUAUUGAGAGUUGGACUAAGGAGGGCGGCAAGGCUGUCGACUGGCAGGUGCUUGAAGACUGGGGCCUUGUCGCCUUGCAAGGUCCUCUCAGCGCUGCAGCAUUAGGAAAAAUCGUCCCGGAUUCGGAUGCGGCUGAUCUCAAAAGCCUUCUUUUUGGGCAGUCAAGAUUUGUCCAAUUACGCUUGCCUUCCGGUGAGCUGUCUCCGCCUGUUCACGUUGCGAGAGGUGGAUAUACUGGUGAGGACGGCUUCGAGAUCUCUUUGCCACCAGAGGUUGCCGUCUCAGCUGUCGAGUCCCUCCUUGAGGCUGCCGGUUCUGAUACUCUUCGGUGGGCUGGACUCGGUGCUCGCGAUAGCCUGCGCCUUGAAGCCGGAAUGUGCCUCUAUGGCCAUGAUCUCGACGAUACCACAACACCAGUAGAGGCUGCUUUGGCCUGGACAGUUGGCAAAGAUCGCCGGGCGAACGGUGGAUUUUACGGCGACGAGGUCAUUCUCAACCAAAUAAAGCCUCUCAAAGAUGGGGGGAGUGGCGUCACUCGCCGUCGUAUUGGUUUGGUCGUUGAAGGGGCCCCGGCUAGAGAAGGUGCUGUCAUCAUCGAUGCCGAGGGGAACGAGGUUGGCAAGAUAACCUCCGGUUGCCCCUCUCCGACGCUGAAACAGAAUAUUGCCAUGGGCUACAUAAAAAAUGGGCUGCACAAGUCUGGGACCGAGGUGCAAGUGGUGGUCAGAGGUAAGCCUCGGAAGGCCAAGGUCAGCAAAAUGCCUUUUGUCCCAACAAAGUAUUGGAAAGGCAUUACGCCAGCUUGAUUAUCCACAUUUGUAAUUCUCAUUUCCAUAAUACCUUUGCAUUUUGAUACGGGAGACGAAUUGAUGGCAGGUUCAACAUCCUGCAUACUCAUAACACCUUUGGAGGCAUUUCAACUCUAAGCGCAUUGGCGUGCGGGAGCGGACAGCAUCAUGAAUUUGUAUAGAAUGUGUUGAGAAUCGUCAAGUAUUUGGGAGUCUGUCAGUGCCUCAAAUGUCUGAUGGGAGGAAAUAAAUACAAAACGGUCAUGAUAUUUACGUGAGAAUUGGUUGCUUUGUCUCUCACUUUAGUAUGCUAAAGCCACUAUAUACGUCCAAAAACAUUGUCCCUGCGACAAGGCCGCGGUGUGAGACAUUAUAUCAGAUAACUUAGUCUCAGUU